AUGUCUAUGUCCCUAAACCCACGCCCAUAUAUUAUAUCAGAGAAAUUCCUAAACCUUUCCUCCAACCUCCUCUCCGCCCAAAUCCCACCCCAAAUCGCCUUCUGCGCCUACCUCAACGUCAUCGAUCUCAGCAAUAAUCUUCUCACGGGUCUGAUUUCGCAGCAACUGGGGCUUCUGGUGCUGUUAUCGGUUUUCGAUGUAUCGAAUAACCAAUUGGCGAGUCCAAUUCCGGUGGCGCCGGGGAACUUGACUGGAAAUUUGGUGAGAUUCAAUACUAGCUCGUAUGUGGGGAAUAAGGAUCUCUAUGGGUACCCAUUGCCGCCAUUGAAGAGUAAAGGCCUUUCGAUUAUGGCGAUUGUGGGGAUCGGAUUGGGAAGCGGGUUGUUGAGCUUGGUGCUUUGUUUUAGUGUUGUGUGUAUAUGGUUGAGAGUUUCUGAGCAAAAUAUGACUAUUGAAGAAGGUAAAAUUAGUCAGCUCAUGCCUGAUUAUUGA